AUGUUCUUCCAGGGCUCAAUUCAGCAAGGCAUAUCGUCGGCGGUCGACCAGCAGAAGCUGUUGCUGUGCUUCGUAACCGAUGGCAACGACGAGAGCCAAACAUGGGAGACUGAAUACCUCCAAGAUCAAGCUAUCAAUGGCCUAAUCACCACCAAGGCCGUCGCGCUGCGUCUCAAAGCAGGCUCUGACGAGGCUGGCUAUCUGGCUCAAAUCUUUCCACUGCCCAAGACACCCACCAUUGUCGUCAUGAAGCAUGGUGAACUCAAGGAAUACAUUGCCUCUGGCACAACCAAGGAAGACUUUCUCCGACGACUAGCCAACGCCUUCUCCACUGGCAACGUCGCGGCGCCUACGCCCGCAGCCUCCACAGCCGCUGCUGGUGCCGCUACCGCCGCCGCAGCCCCGACGCCCGACGUCGAGGCCACAGCACCCUCAUCAUCUCCAAUUACUUCCGGAAGUCCAGAGUCAGACGGUUCCGAGAAUGUCCGACGCAUUCUUGCCGAGAGGGCGGCUAAAGCGCAAAAGGAUGCUGCCGCGCGUCAAGUCAAGGAAGCCGACGCUGCCGCCGCCGCCACUGCUGCCAAGGGCAAAGGAAAAGCUGUGGCAAACUCGGAGCCGGCGCCGUCAUCCCAAACUGCCGCUCAGAAAGAGGCGGCCGAGCUGAUCAGGAAGAAUAGGGCUCAGCAAAACGAUGAGCGUCGCAGGAUUCUAAAACGAAUUGAGGAUGACAAGGCAGCUCGCCGCGAACUCGCCGCCCAUCGCAAGAAGCAAAGGGAAGAGGGCCGUGCCGCCGCCGUGGAAUCAGACGCCCAAAAGCAGCAAGCCAGAGUUGUGUCUCGCUCAAGUUCAAGCAGCCCCAGCGCCCUCGCCGCGAUCCAAGUGCGACUGUCGGACGGCUCCACGCUCAGAAACAAGUUUCCGGCCACCGAGAGCAUCAAGGAUAUCCGAACCUGGGUCGACAAAGAGCGCUCUGAUGGCCAGGGCCCGUACUACUUCAAGCAGAUUCUCACACCGCUUCCGAACAAGAAUAUUGACACCACCGAAGAAGAUAAAUCACUUCGCGAGCUUGGGCUCUCUCCGUCGUCUACGCUUCUGCUGAUUCCGAUUCAGCGAUUCGCCGCGGCAUACGAGGCACAGUGCCCCUCGCAAGGCUUCUUUAACCAGAUGAUGGUCCUGCUUUUCGGUGUUUUCACCUGGCUUCAGGGUCUCAUUGGCCUGGGCGGCGCGGCGCCCCCGCCAGGAGAGCAAGCCCCGAGCCAGCAACCAGUCAACUCGCCGGCGGCUCUACGAAACCAGCGUGUACAAGCCUUCCAGAAUCCAAAUGAUAGACGCGGCGAUCAGCAACUGUACAAUGGCAACUCGUUGAAUUUCGAGCCUAGGCCAGAUGAAGAUGAGAAGUGA